AAGAUGGCCGCGGUGUGUCAGCCGUAAUAGUUCUCACACUCUUGUUAUUUUCUAAUGAUAUAAACUAAUAUUUUAAAGUUCCUGACAGAAAUGGGGCUAUCACAGAGUUCAGAAGUGACCGAAGGAGGGACGUAUGGAUACCACGUGCACGGCGUGCAGCCAAAUUCCCCGGCACAAAUGGCCGGACUGCAGCCCUUCUUUGACUUCAUUCUGGCACUGGACAACAAGAGACUUAAUGAAGAAAAUGACCUGCUGAAGGAGCUUCUGAAAGCCAACAUGGAGAGAGCGGUGAAGAUGGAGGUGUACAGCACUAAAACCACAAGGCUCCGCGAGAUGGAGGUGGUGCCCAGUAACAUGUGGGGAGGACAGGGCCUGCUAGGUGCCAGUGUUCGCUACUGCAGCUACCAAGGAGCCAGCGAGAAUGUCUGGCACGUUCUGGACGUGGAAGCCAGCUCACCUGCUGCAUUGGCGGAGCUACAGCCACACAGUGACUACAUCGUCGGAGCAGAUCAAGUCUUGCAAGAUUCAGAAGACUUCUUCUCGCUGAUCGAGGCCCAUGAAGGGAAGCCCCUGAAGCUGCUGGUGUACAACACUAUAACAGAUGCAUGCAGAGAGGUGGUGGUCACACCAAAUGGGGCGUGGGGCGGAGAGGGCAGUUUGGGCUGUGGCAUUGGAUAUGGCUACUUGCACCGAAUACCAGCACAUACUGAUGUUUCGACGGCAAAGCCUCCCACCCCUGUUCCUGAGGAGGAACCCCCUCCGGAGCUGCCCACCCACGGUUUCACGGAGGCACCUUUGAUGGCACCUUCAAGUCUAAGUGAAGAUGUUUUAGACCUGGAGCAGGUCAGCCUCCAGGAAGCUCCUCAACCUCCACCCGUCCAGAGGGUCAUGGACCCUGGUUUCUUAGAAUCUGAAGUGCCAGUGAUGAACCCCGACCCUGCAGAUUUGGCAGACAGACUUGAUCUGUCCAUGUCGUCCAUCGACAUGACCAACACUUCACUGACUAUGCAUGAGGAGAAGGACGGGGAAAUCUCUGGUGUUGAGGAGCUGGAGGACAGUGUGCUGCUGUCGUCGUCAGCAGACAGCCAGACUGAGCCACAACAGCAGAUCUCCCAGGCAGACAUGGACCUCAACGCUACUCUUGCUUCCAAUGACACUUUGUCUGAUUCAGGCUUCCUGCCAGCUGAACCAGCUCACCUGGUGACAGAGUCCACAGACCCACCUGGCUCUCUGUGUGAAUCUAGCGAUAGCCCAAGUCCACCUACGCAUGACUCGUCUCUCCCGGUGGAGUCCCCCCCAGAGCCUCCUGCUGCUGAUCCCUCUGUCCCAGCUGAAGAGCCUCCCUGCCCGUCUCCCGUCGUUCUCCUCCAAUCCUCUGCUGUUGAUGAACCCACGCUGGACGAUUCUUCUGCUCAGGCCAUCGAGGAUGCCACAUGGCCAGUGGAGGAGCCUGCAGAGCCUCUAGAUGUGGACGCUGCUCACCACUGCAGCCAUGAGAACGAUGAGGAGGAACCAGGAGAAGAGCCACCUCUUGAGUAA